AACACUCUUAUCUUCCACCUUCAAAUGCCGCUCUUUCACCUGAGACUGUCUGCUCCACAAUCAACCCUUGAUCAUGUUCCGCUGUUUGGUUAUGCGGUGGAAGCCGCUCAUUUUUCACAGAACACAGAGCAUUUGAAUUAUCCUUUAUGUGUUCUGAGGAAUUGCUCCCCGUUGUUUGCCUCUAUCAGUUCUUCGCCGCAACUCCAGCACGUUGGAGACAUGCGAAUCAGUGUUGGCAUGGAUGAGAAAUGUGAUAUUGCCAACCUCAGCCAUUCAAUAGUUAGCAGAAAGUCACGAGAGCAACAAAAUGUAAGAAAGGAGGUUCAAUUAAGUGGUCAGAGCAACUCUACAGUAUGUUUUAACAACGUAGAUUAUAAGGAAAGAGAAAGACGAAAGAAGAUAGGACUAGCCAACAAAGGAAAAGUGCCAUGGAACAAAGGCAGGAAACAUAGUGCAGAGACUUGUGAGCGCAUCAAGCAACAAACAAUAGAAGCCUUAAAAGACCCCAAGGUUAGAAAGAAGAUGUCCCAGCGCCCGCGUUCUCAUAGUGUGGAGUCCAAGGCAAAAAUGAGUUAUUCACUUAGACGUCUUUGGGGACAGCGUUUAAAAUGGAAACGGUCAAGAGAGAAUAUAUUUCUGUCAUGGGUAGAAAGCAUAGCAGAGGCGGCUAAGACCGGUGGGAUCGAGCAAGAAGAGCUUAGUUGGGAUAGCUAUGAGAAUAUACGGGAAGAAUUAUAUCUCCAACAGCUUCAGCAGGCUGCCAAAAAGAAAAAGGCUGCUGCCGAAAAGAAAAAGGCAAAGGAAAGGGCAAAGAUGAGAGCAAAAGAAGCUGCAGCACGAGCUAAAAAGAUAGAGAAGGUGCGACUUGCUGUUGAGAGGAAAGCAAAUGAAGAGUUAACAUCUCUAAAAGGGCUGAAAGCUAAGCAGAGAUCAACAAAGAUUGACAUCAAGACGUCCACAAAUGAUCUGGUUGCUAGUCGAAAGGACAUAGUUACAUCGCAAUUCAAUAUCUCUGCUUUAGAGAAAUUGGAUGUAGAGCUUAUAAAGAAAGAAAAAUUGCGUGCAGAAGUUUCUUUCGCAGACCAGAUAAGAGCUGCCAAAAACAGAAAAAUGGAACAAGCUAUGGCAGCUCCAUCUACAGUGGUAGUAAACAAGAAACCAGCAAUGCAUACACUUCUGCAGUCUCAUGAGUAGCUUAUUACCAUCAAAUAAGGUAAAUGGUGAU